AUGCAAUUUGGACCAUCAAAAUCAAACACUCUGUGCCGGUCUGUGCCGAGCAUUGAUGUGUCUUGUGACUUCAACUGUGGAGCACUGGGAUCACUCUCACAGUAUCUCACAGUGGCAACUGUCGCAGAUUUAGCGCCUCCAGUGCCAAGUGGGACUCGACCAACCAGCAGGGUGCACUCCCGCUCCUCCGCAGCUGCAUCCCUCUCGGUUUGUGCAGGUGCUGUAGCCUUGGCAAGACGAUCUCCGGCCCGGAAAAACUCGAGAUGCCACAGUCGGAAAGGCUUUGUUACUCUACGGGCCGAGGAGGUGGAAGAUCUUUCUAUCACCGCGGCCACGGACACUCGAGUUGUGAAGCGUGAGCUGAAUGACAGGCAGCAGCAGUUCUGGGAAAUGCUGGAGGAAGACUUCGAGGAGGAUGUUGUGCCAGAAUUUGGUCGUGAAAACCUCCUGCGUGUCUACGAGUUCAUCAAGUACUGCAAGUAUGAGAAGGAGAUUCCUGAACUGCCUGAGUUCCAGGACAUAGAUCCAGAGUUCUUCCCUGGACUACGGGCGAAGCCAUGGUGGGAAGUGGAUGAAAUUGACAACCCUGAGUGGGUGGAGAAGGUUGUGGCCGGCCUUCCCUAUGUGCAGGGUGAGCUGGCAGACCUUCUGGAGGACAACGAGGAGUACCUGAUCUCUGACAGCGUCAAGAACGAUGUCAUGGGUGGAGGAUGGUCAGGCUUUCGCCUCCGGCGGCUGGGCGCCUGGCUCUCCAGGAAUUGCGAGCUCUUCCCGAAGACCGUGCAGCUCUUGAAACAGUCAGACGUGCCCUUGGCGAUGCGAGGUGUUAUUGUUGCCCGGCAGGUGCCAGGAACUGGAGUUCAGCCUCACAGCGAUGGUAGAAAUUUUUUCCUCACUGCGCACUUCGGGCUGAGCGUCCCUCCUGACUGCGCAAUCACGGUGGGUGGUGAGGAACGACCUUGGAAGGAAGACGAUUGCAUUGUCUUAGAUACAUCCUUCAUGCAUUCCACAAGAAAUGAUUCAGACGAGGAUCGCUUCGUCCUUGUGAUAGACUUUUGGCAUCCUGAUUUGACCAUCCCGGAGAGGGAGGCUUUGGAGUGGAUCUAUGACUUCCGCAACAAGUCACAGCCCCUGGCACUUGAUGUCGUAAGACCUUGUUUCAAUUCGGAAUCAGCCCAAGCGCAAAGAUGUCUCAAGCCUCUGAAGAUUUGUAACAGCCCAAGUGCAAAGGUUUGA